AUGGACGAUUACGACACUAGUACUACUCCUGUAUUUAACCAUAGUUUAUCAAGCCCACUCAUUGCCGUCACUGGUGCUUUGGCCUGUAUUGCCUGGCUGAUCCUGUUUGUCGGUGCAUGUGUAGCAGGAUUCCACGGUACAGCUUGGUGGAUCAUCAUUUAUGAACUUGCUUUCCUCGUCUUUGUUUUUGUCGUUCUCGGCUUAAACCAAUUUGGCCGUUUUCAUAAUAUGGUUUGGCUAUUUAUGGCUGUUAGUCUUGUUUAUUUGACAUGGUUGUGUCAAUUUAAUCUUAACUUUUUGGGCCAAAGUGGUGCCAGAGCUGCUGCAGGUGGUGCAAUCAUUUUGCUCAUCAUUGAAUUUAUCUGGGCCAUUGAAUUAACUGCUCCUGGUGGAGGUACUCGUAUGAGCCUUGGAAGCCUCGGAGGCGCCAAAGAAAAGAUCAAUGCUCGUAUUCAACGAUCUAGAAUUGGACCUCAUGGAGGUAACAAAAACAGCAACUAUGAAGGAGGAAACAAACCUUUGCCUCGUCGCUUUGACGAAGAGAACGCUGUUGGCGGUGACAAUAAUAAUUCUCAAUAUGAUGCUAAUCAUACUGAGCAAGUUACUGCUUUACAUGCAUAUAAGGGAAGCGUCGAUGAUCCCAAUGAACUCUCUUUUGAGAAAGGUGACGUUCUCGAAAUUUUGGACAAGAGUGGCAAUUGGUGGCAAGCUCGUAAACAAGAUGGCUCUACUGGCAUUGUUCCCAGCAAUUACUUCGAAUAA